AUGGAUCAAAAUAAGGAAAAUAAGCUCCAAACACCUGAUAAACAUUCAGACAACCUCUUCAUCAAAAAGACUCUGCACCUUCUUAUCUCAGUUUGUGUUAUCUUUUGUUUCCUUCUCUGCAACUCUUCAGGGCUUUCUUUGUUUGCUUAUUCUUUCUCAUUCUUCACCCACUCCCUUGACAGGAAGUAUAUGUUCCUAAUUUGCAAUGGAAUCCUUGCUUUUCUCGCUAAAAGCUCGACUUCAUCAUCAGUUUCCUUCUACUCUACUCCUCCUUUAUCUGAGAUCGAAGCAGCAACUCUUGAUGAUGAGGAAGUCUCCGCUCCAAGCAUUGAUGAGCCUCUGAAGAAUGCUGCUUUUGCAGCUGAAGAAGAAGAGCGGGCAACAGAGAGUGAGCUUCUGAAUGAAAGAGAAGGAGAACGUAUAGAUUUGGCAACAAAACAUGAUGAAGUUGAUAAAGAAGAAGGCAGUUCUCUAUAUCUGGAGAGACAAGAACAACAGGAUGACGAAGAAGGAGAAGAGAGAGAAGUAGCAACAGGAACUGAAGAUUUGAAAACCGAAGAACUGAACAGGAAGAUUGAAGAAUUCAUAAGAAAAAUGAAGGAGGAAAUCAGGAUUGAAGCUCAAAGACAGCUGAUUGCAGUGUAG